AUGGAUGAUGCCUACAGGGUCCAACAGUUGUUGGCACAAAAUGAAAAUUUAUCUUUCGAUCAAUCUCGAGAGUCCUUGAAGGUUAUUCUACGUACCAUCGAUGAGACUAACGAUCCCUUUCAAUUCGAUUUUGCACAAUUUCUCUUGAAUUGUGACGGUAAGAUUCUUUGCAGAGAGGCUACGCCAGAGACUCACUUUUGGGAAAUAUUUGAAGAAACAAUGUCAGAAUCACCUCCUGAAACAUUAGCGAUAUGUUUAACCAGAAUCUGUACCCUUUCCCUGAGGGAAUCUGGUGUCUACUUGGAAGCCGUUGUCCAUCUCUGCAGGUUUUUAUCAUCAAGUGAAAUCAUAUUACCAAUCCUAUGUGCUAAUUUGUCUACACAAAGAUCAAGUAUUAGGCUGAAUUUUGACAUUUUGGAAUCGAUAGAUGGGGUACUACGUUGUUUGACAUGCCUUUGUGAAAGUGACAAAGUAAACGCUGCCAUCAUUAUUCCAUCAUGCUUCUUUAUGUUUCAUGAUUGUGGAUUUUGGAGCAUUCUAAUUUCUUUGCUACCGAUGGAAGAAUUGCAAUCAGAAAUCUUAGAAGUGAUUUUACCAUUGAGAGAUAAGAUUUCCAAAUUUAUGUCAGCCUUGACUCUAAAAGAAUAUGCUACACCAUUGGAAACAAAGAUGUUCGAAGCUGUGGAAGAUGCUUUAAGCUUAGAUUCAAGCAUGAAAGAAAAAUUUGAAGAAGUAAAUCAAGGUUACAACGAUUUACGCAGUAUCAAACUGAUUAAUGCUUAUCAUUUGGUAGUUUUUUUAAAGAAUUCCAAUCUUUCAUUCAAAAAAACUUUAGGUGAAGAAUUAUUAUUCGUUAACAAUCCGUUUCCUCUUUACAAGGCAUUUUUCAAUAUUUUAGACCAAUUGGACCAAUUUCUAGACUUCAAGACAAAAGAUAUUUUAACUACAUUAUACCACGCCGCUUUCCUUUUGAGUAAAGAUGCCUUUAUCUAUGCGCUUAUGGAUAAGCUACUCAAAAUGUGGGUGGCAUCACAAGGUAAAACAAGAAAAGAUAUGGAUUCACUUCUGGAGACGGUGCCUAUCAUGCUAGAUCAGGUUGAUAAAUCUAUGAAACGCCCUUCCGAUAUUUCCCCACGUGGAUCUGUAAUCAUAGCACUAGAGACUUUAGAAGGUAUUGACUAUGGCAUUGCACGACAAUUACAAUUAGAAAGCAUCAAGGAAAAACAUUACAACAAAUGGUCGAAUUCCAUUGGUGAUUUCGAUGAAUUACUAUCCGAACAAGUUCAUGAUUAUGUUAGGCACCAAAGACUUUUACAGCUUCAAAAGGGAGCUUGGGUUUAUUCAGAGAGCCCAUUAGAUCGUCAUAUUAGAUCUCCUAAGGUCUAUUUCAUGGUUUUAUCCGCCAACCAAAUAAAUUUACUAGUUCGUGAAUUCCCUGCUAAGGCUGAAAUAACACCCCAUGUUGAAGAAAAUCAAAUCUUCAGUAACACAGAGAAAGAUCAUGCAGCUUUUGAAAAGACUGUGGUUAUUCCACUGCACAACAUCGUUGAUUUCGAAGUGAAUGAACUUCAAACAGAUAAUAAAGUUCCAGAUGAUGCACGCUUGGUAAAUGUCAUACGAAAAGAUUUUUACACUGGGGUUAACUUUCUCGAUAAGUAUCGUAGGGUGGUUUUAAAAGUUUAUUUUGACACAAAGGAAGAUACGAUCGUCUGGUUAGAUGGUUUGAAGCUGGUAUCGCCAUUUAAGAUCAAACAGAGCAUCACGGAUGAUACCCAGAAGCAAAUGGAUACACUUGUAAGCAUUAGGAGGAAUGCUCAAAUGUUAAAUUUAGAUAUCAGUGAUGGGAACGAAAUAACAGAUAGUAAUGACGACGAAGAAUAUUACCACGCAGAUACUUUGAAGGACCUAACAUCCUCAUUUUAUUAUGAAUAG